UCAAAACACAUUUUUUUGGAACAGCCAAAUGUUUUUAUUUAUUUACUGUGUCAGCUGUUUAGGAUCACACCACAUUUUAUGCAAAUAAACAGCUGGUAAACUAAUGUGACAGAUUGUGAAAUGGUUCCCUAACAGUAAAGUAUGCGGAACCAUAGAAUGCGGCUGUUUUCCACCCGGAACCAAGAGCGCCAGGAUGUAAACAAACGCACGCACGUCGUUGCGGUCUGAGCCUUAGCGAGUUACCGGCACGGUUCACGCGUCCGGUGCAGUCACGCCGUCGGGGUUGACUUUUCUCUCGAGUGAGCUGCGCUUCAGGUGCCCGACUGCCACCCGGCCUCCCGUAGCUCUCACCAGGCCAGAGAUGCCGAGCUGUCCGCAGUGCGGCUCCGCCAACGUAGUCGACGAUGAUUUGUAUUCACAAACCCAGCGUGUGUGUGCUGACUGCGGCUCCAUCGUCUCGGAGGGACUUUUUACGACCACCCUGAACGACGAGAAGCAAAGCAGCGCGGUCCCAUAUUACGCUAGCACCCAGGUAACGAAGAAGCCGUGUCCCAACCUUAUUAAAGGGUUAGUGCGCGUGCGCGCCCUGUGCCGUAUCCUCAGACUGCGGAGUGACAUGGAGUCCGGGGCAGUGAGCCUGUAUGAGCGCGCGUACAGUCACCCCAGCUUCAUCCAAGUGAGCCUGCAGAAGAAGGAGGUCUUGGGAGGAUGCUGCGUUCUGUCAACCUGCCGGCAGCACAACUGGCCCGUGGCCAUGUGCACCAUCAACAGCUUGCUGGAGGCAGAGCCCAUGUUGAUGGGUGUGGUUUAUCAGGACCUGGUCAAAGCUCUGGACCUCCAGCCGCCCCCCACCGCCAGCCUCACGGACAUGCUGGAGAGCUACUGUUAUGGGUAUAAACUUGCUCCUGGUGAGGUGCCAGACGUGUUUGCAGAGACUCCUGAGCAGCUGGUGCAGCGCAGCGCCGCCUUGGUGGAGCUUGCGGCUGACGUGUGGCUAGUGACUGGCCGCCACCCACUGCCCAUCCUCAUGGCAUGUGUGUAUGUGGCCUGGCAGUCCCUCAAGCCCAAGGACCGUAUGAAACACUCCCUCCAGAAGUUCUGCCAGAUCGCACGGCUGCCUAAAGACGCCUGUGGAGCUUGCAAGGAAACGCCGCUGAGGAGGGUGCGUGAGCUGCGUGACGUGCUGUGUAAGCUGGGCAGGGAGCUGCCCUGGAUGAGAGGGGGCGCCGUGGAGCCCAAGACCGUCGCCACGCUGGUGGAGGACAUUCUGAAGCACCAAAAGUCCCUGCUGCUGAAAGCCAUGAGAAGUUAUGAAGAGGAGGUGGAGCAGGAGGUGCGUGAAGCUGCAGAGUCCCGUCAGGAUGAUGUCCUGUCCAGCACCGAGUCUCUGCUCGCCGGCCAGCUGAGCGGGCGAGACCAAGGCCCCGUAACGCCUGCACAAGACGUCCCGCCGGCCCGCCAGCCUAAGUCAGGAGAGUCGAUGCUAGAGGCUUCCGGCGGCUCUAAUAAGACCACGGAGGAAAGUGCGCCCCCUGCUGGUGAGGAGCACUGGGGAAGGAGGCACCUGUUCCUGCCUCCCUGUGCGAGGAACGUGAAGAGGAGGCGUGAGGAGAGCCCUGGGCCACACGUGACCGGCGAAGAGGAGAUAUCGGACAGCGAGAUCGAGUCAUACAUACGCUCGGCCGAGGAGAUUAGGAGCUAUGUGGAAUUCCAGAAAAAGAUGACUGAGAACUGAUGCUUUUCACAACUGAUAAUGUGACAGCUAACGGGAAACAAUGCUACUUGCUGUAGUUAAUUUUGACUGUGCCAUUAAUUUGUACUGUUUUACCAUUCGUCCCCCAGAGGGCGACCCAGAGCAUGAUAGAGGGGUUGACCCUGCUCCACACUCAGAGCAGCUGCCAGUCUCAAUACAUGCUACUGAAGUUGAGACUCAGUGGUGUAAAUUCGUGUAGUAGUGAGAUGACCCUGUGUGCUGCUGCGAAUGGAGGAGUCUUAGGAGCUAAACACACUGCACGUGUUCUGCAGCUGCACUGGAAUGGUGCAGUGCUAACAUGUGCAGUGUGUUUAAGGGAAGGAAAGUAAAGAGUAGUUAUGGUUUGGGUUGCUUUAGAAGAUGGAACCGACCUCAGUUGAUGUCCUGUCUUAAUUUAGCCCAGUGUGGGUCUGCUGAACUGAGAGUUUCUGCAGCUCCAGUGGGUGUCCAGGUCCCGUCCUCAUGUCUGAGUGCUGUGCAGUCAUUUUCACUUGUUUUGACUGUAGACCAGUUUUUUGUUUUUUUUCUUGAGAAUAAAGAAUCAAAUACUGAAACUUUCCCCUUA